UCAAAGCCAACUGGGGAAGUGGGAAUCCAGGAUAUUCAGUCUUAAUAGUGAGAUAGCCGCCGUGGAGAAAACACUUGAGGCUCUCAAAACCGAAUUGGCCUAUGCCCAAGCGGCUCUCAACAGAGUCCGUAACGCGAAGACUCCCACGUGUCGCAUGCCAGACACCGUUCUCUCCAUGAUAUUUAGCAAGUGUGGCAGCUCAUUCAAGUACAUCGCUCCCCAAGCCGUUUUCGUCAAGAGUAUCUGUGCGGUUUGCCACCAUUGGCGAACUGUUGCCCUCAAUACGCCAACGCUUUGGUGCGACAUAGUUAUGGAUGCCGGUGCGCUUACGCCUCGUGUACGGGCCUAUCUCGAACGAUCGAAGAAUACGCCUCUAUUUUUUCAACUUCAUGCGGAGAAUGUGGAGAAACUCUGGAGUGCCCAGCAUUACAAACGGUGGUUCGACUCGCUUGCUCCUCACCUCUUGCGAUGCAACAUUUUUUGCUUGUUCACGAGUAGUCACGAGACGGCGCAGAAGAUAUUCCCUCUCAAAGUGCCGAUGCCUGAAUUAUGGCAGAUCGCAUGGGAUGGCCAGGAUCCAACUCGCUCAGAUCCAUCACCACCCCCUUCUCCAACGUCCAUCACCCUCGUAGACGAUAGCGUGGGCGCGGAAAUCACGGCAUUGGAUUUGAAUGCACUGCACGCUCCGGUGCAAAUUCAAUAUGACGAGAAGAUCACCUCCAAGCUGAAGCAUCUUCGUUUGCGAGAUUUUGCGGGUACUCCUCACAAGGAUGUUGUCGAUCUAGUUGCACGAUGCCCAAACUUGAAGACACUCAAUUGGGUGAACGACCUUGGGGAGGGGGAUUCAGCUUCGAGGGACUUGACGGCUCUGACUUCGACCUCCCUGCAAGUUGUUAGGCUUAGCCUUGCACAAAGCGGUACUCCAGAUGCACCACUGUACAACAAUAUGUCGUUCCCUGCUCUUAGGAACCUUGUCAUUGUUGCAGGCAGUGGCUCAAGCGUGUGGGCAGAUCCAAUCAUAGUAGUCGAUUCGGAGACAAAGAAACCCCGUUUCCCAGAGUUGGUAACGGUCUGGUUGUCGCACCGCGUAUUCUCUCCUUCUGCCAUCGCAGAUUUUCUUAUUGCACACCCUUCCGUCGAAGCCCUCGGUUCAAGGCUGGAUUGGUCUACACCAGGAGUGUUCCAUAUGCUGUGCGGGCCGGUCUCGCUUUCGCCAUGGAAAGAGCAGUUCCCCAAGCUAAAGUACUUUUAUGUCAUGAAGGCCAGCGCAGAUGUCUACUACCCAGACGGCGCAAAUCAGACGAAGGAGUGUGUACAGGCCAUGGUAACAGCCAUCACUGGUCUUAUCAAUGCAUAUGGCGGAUACGAGCAGGCAAAAGAAGACGAAUUGCUCAUUCAGCUGAACGAUGAGUCAUGGGGAAGUUCGGAUGCAACUCCGGACACAUCAUACGAAAAGCUCAAGGAGACGUUCCCAGAGGUCAUCAAACUGAGCCACGAUGAAAAUUGUGUCCCCAAUUACUUCCAGCCCAAGUUGUUGAUGUGGUGAUGGGUGGUUUUCCAGUAAAUAUUUUAGGGUAAAGAGAAAUUUUGCUUGUCUAGAUAUCUGUGUAGCAUACACUCCCCUCCACUUCUAAAUAGCCCCCCUUGAUUUCCCUCUAAUGUAUCUAUACCUUUCUUGUGUAUCACUAGUUACCCUCCUAAUCCUGAAGAGCAC